AUGGUUGUAGAAGACAAAUCAGAACCUCCGACGGGAGAAAAUGAAGAUGAUGAUGAUGAGGGGGUGCUAGGAUGGCUGGCGCGUGCCGUAAGCUGCCCACAGGUCAAAACAAUAUGUUCAACCGCUCGCAUGAUGAAUGACGCAAAGCUGUGGCGAACAACAGUUGGCGAUGAAUCACAGAGUUCCCAUACUACUGUGGCAGCUCCUCCCUCCACUUCGUCCGUGGACCAAGAUAUUUCGAAGUGCAAACAAAAUAAGCACGCGUUGAGGGUUUCAUGGGAAGAUGGAACGGCAUAA